UUUCUUUUAUUUUUUAGAAUGAAUUUAGCAGUAAAAAAUGAAAAUGUUAUUACAAAUGGUUCUACAAACUCUACAACUGAACAGGAUGGAAAGGUUUUUGUCGGACCGGGCGCGAAAAAAGAGGCUGGAAUUGUCGGUUUAGGUUUAAAUAAACUACGUUCUUUUCAAAUUAUUGAUCUGGAAAGGGCCAAGAAAUAUGCAAUUGAUCAGUCCAUUAGGUUUGUUAUGGAAAAGCAAAGAAUGGCACAUCAACAACAGCAACAAAAAGUCGCUCUUUACUCUCAAGCAUUGGCUUUAAUGUCCAGAAUUUAUAUUGGGUCAGUCAAUUUUGAUGUGUCCGAAGAUCAAAUUCGCACUGUUUUUGGCAUUUAUGGACCCAUCAAAAAUGUUAAUAUGUCUAUUGAUCCAACGACUGGGAACCACAAAGGAUUUUGCUUUAUAGAGUACGAAGUACCGGAAGCUGCUUUUCUUGCCAUUGAUGCAAUGAAUGGAAAAUUUCUGGGUGGUAGAACUAUCAAAGUUAUGCCGGUUGGACGUCAAGAUUCUACCCCUCAAGCACAGCCUAUAAUUGAUAUGGUUAUGACAGAAGCACGGCAAUACAACAGAGUUUUUGUUGCAUCUGUUCAUCCAGAUAUAACUGAACAAGACUUGCGAAGUGUUUUCAUGGCUUUUGGGGAAAUAACUAAAUGCCAACUAGCUAAACACCCAAUCUUGAAGCGUCACAGUGCAUCUGUCAAGGAAGCAGUAGAGGGGAUGAAUGGCUUCGAUUUAGGAGGACAAAUCUUAAAGGUAGGACGUUGUGUAACUCCACCUGACGCCCUUCAUUACUUGAGUUCUGGUGGAUCAACUUCAGCACUACCGGCCGCUGCCGCCAUUGGUUGCUAUUAUAUACGUUUUUUUACCGAUAUUAUUUUUAGCUGCUGCUGAGGCUACAGCA